AUGACCACCGCCGCUUCCUCCACCUCCGGCCACAACCCCCAGCAGUUCUCCGGAUCCCCUCCCGAUAACCUCUCCCCCACCGCACCCAAGAUGGACGCCAACAAACCGCGCAAGCAGCGCCUCUACAACGUCGAUCGCAAGGCCAUCUGCGUCUAUCACAAGGAGAACCCUACCAUGCGCCAGGAAGACAUCGCCCUCAAGUACGGCGUCGAGCGCAGCACGAUCAGCAAGAUAUUGAAGCAAAAGCAGAAGUGGCUCAACGUCCCCGACGGCGAAGAAGUCCUCGUCGCAAAGCAGAGGCCGUCAAAGUUCCCCGAGAUCGAAGCAGAGCUCGUCAAGUGGCUCUUCGAGUGCAAGGACCGCCGCGUCGUCCUCAGCGACUGCCUCAUCCGCUCCAAAGCCAGGGAGGUCGCGAGACAGAUGGAGAUCUCCGACGACAAGUUCAAGGCCAGUUCUGGCUGGGUGGAGAACUUCAAGAAUCGGCAUGGCAUCCGCAAGGGCGUUUGGGAAGGCAACGGCCGCAACGCUCAGGUCAUCCGCGCCCAAGGUGGCUCAGCCUUACAUGAGGAUGAGGAUGAGGAACCUCACCCGACGCUGGCAGAUUAUAUCUAUCAGCAUAAUCUCUAUGACCUUGAUGAAACACUCAAGCCCGUGAGGAGGUCGCACAAGCAAAGUGUCCCCAGUGGCAUACCGGCCGAAUCUCGCGUUCGCGAGAACGAUUCUGAAAAUCCAGAGACCGAUGCCAUCGGCGCGAAUCUCGGCAGCCACCAGGACAUCGACGAGGCCCGACAGGCGAUGGAGGCGACGACGGCGCAGUCGUUGGGGCACAUCCACUCUCCCGAGCACAUCCAGUCUCCCGUGGUGGAGAACCCGUCUACCGCCCAAGCUCACCUGGAUGUCGACAAUUCCUUCUCGUCGGUCUCGACCCAUCUUUCCGAUUCGCUGUCUCACUCUCAGCACAUGGAGUCUCCUCAAGUCCACGUCUCGACCUCAUCGCCUGCCAUCCUCUCUCGUUUCCCAGACUCUUCGGACGUCUCGAUGCACAUCGAGUCGUCGGCACAGGCUGCUCAAACAUCGCCGUUGCAGUACUUUGACAUGUACCCACCCCCACCGGGCCCGCAGCUAUCUAUCCCCGAGUAUGCUGACACCUUGGGCUCUCUCGACAAGGUCAUGCGCUUUGUGGACGCUCAGCCGCAGGGUUUCCUCAGGCAGGAUGAUCACCAGGCUCUGACCCGGAUCAAGCUAGCCGUGCUCGCCAUGGGCAGCAGGGGAGGCCCCCCGCCGGAUCUCGAGGCGCCUCAAGAGCUGUGACGAGCCGAGGCCCUCCAUGAGGCCUUUGAUACGUUUUUACCGCCGCUGCAUCUCUCUCAUGCCUGUCCGUCCGUCCGUCCGUCCGUCUUGCUAUACCGCUUGGGUCUUAUGCUCAAAAAGCGCACCCCGUGCGCGCUUUCCUUUAUUCACCCGUGGGCUGCGGCUUUGACCUGCUUGCGGUGGCCUCUUCUUUCCCUCUCUCAACGCUUUCUUCUUGGCUUCCUUGUUUCUUGCACGAGCACGUCACUUAUCAUGCAAUUGUUCUUUUACCAAGCCCAAUCACCCAAACUCCCUCAUGAACUCCCCCCUGCAAUAGUUUCCCGUUCCCUGUCAAUGUCGGUAGCAUCCAUGCAUACAGCUCAUAUUUUUAGUUCCUCGUUUCAGUAUGUAGGGUCUUUGAGUGUGUGCCAGCCAAUCAUCGUCCGUUUAAUUUUCCCGUGCAAUUUACGUAGCCCAUAUUCCCUUCCCUCAUUUCCCCCUCCCCCUCCCAGCCCUUGACCCCACCUCCCAAUGCCCACUGCCCCACUUCGUCCACACACACCUGCCAUUCACCGAGUAUCCCUUUCUCAGCGCACGAACUCUUUGUCUCUCAUUGCAGUGUGCCGCACUCGAUACCCUGCACCACGUUACACGCACGCGACAGGCCACGCAGUAGUCUUGGUAUAUCCAUCAUUCAUAUCAUGUUUCAUUGGC